GAUAAGACAAAUUUUCCCAAAACUAAACAUUUUCAAGUCGGAUUCGGGUCUUGGAUUCAGUCGGGUCAAUCGUCUUCUAGGGUUUUGUUGGUCUGCAGGGUUUUACCAGCACAUGACCAACUUCCAAGCUCCAUCUUCAAAAGAAAAACUCAUCAAUGUAUAAAAAGUGUCUGCCUGAAUCUCUCUCUUAUUCUCUUUGUAUGCUGUUCUUUUUUAGAUUUCUUGGUAUUAUAUACUGGAAAUGUUAUGGAAAUGGUUCUCCAUUGGAAGAAUUGCGUCACAUCGAAUGCUCAAAAUGGAAUCUUUGGCCUCAUUUCGAAGUCUAUGCUCACAGAUUCAAUGUUUUGCUGAUACCCCACAAGGUUCUUUUUCUUCUAGCCAUUACCAGAAGUUUCCUGAAAAUCCCAGAAUCAUAUUAACCCCUACAAUUGUACGUACAACUAUAUCAAAUUGCCGUUCUGACAUUCUUGCUUUUUCUUUUUUCUUGUGGUGUGCAAGGCAACCCAAUUACUUUCAUGAUAGGGGCACAUUGACCCUUAUAGUUAGUAUCGUGUCUCGGUUGAUGAAGAGGUGUAGAACAGUGAAAGGGAUUAUUAAGGGAUUAGAGGAGGUUGGUUGUGUAAUAAAGCCACAAACUUUGUUGUUUUUAUUGAGAAUUUACUGGUUUGGUGGAAUGUAUGAUAGAGUGUUCGAGGCAUUUGAGGAAAUACUUAGAUAUGGUUAUACACCAAAUACUUUUUCUAGGAAUAUUGUAAUGGAUGUAUUGUUCAAGAUUGAGCGUGUCGAAGUGGCACUUAGAGUUUUGAAAGAAACCGAGGUUCCAAAUUUUUUGUCGUAUAGCAUUGCUGUGUGUAACUUGUGUAAGCUCAAUGAUUUGGUUAAUCUUCAGGAUGUACUUACAGUAAUGUUGAGGAAAAGGUAUUAUCCUAAUGAGGAAACAUUUUUUGUGAUUUUGCAUUGUUAUUGUAAAGGAGGUUGCAUAGCAGAGGCAAUACAGAUAUUGGGUCUGAUGAUAGUUUUGGGUGUUCCUAUAUGUGAGAGAAUUUGGAGUAUAUUAAUUGAUGUUCACUGUAAAGCUGGGAACAUGGAUGCUGCGAGCCAUUUACUUAAGAAGAUGGUAGAGAGUGGGUAUUCACCAAAUGUUGUAACUUGCACAUCAUUGAUCAAGGGAUUUUUUGAGUCCCAGAUGCCAAGCAAGGCAUUUGGGAUCUUGGAUACCAUGGAAUCAAAAGGAUGCUCCCCUGAUUUGGUUCUUUGUAAUGUGUUAAUACACUGCCUGUCUAAAAUGGGGAGGUAUGAAGAUGCAAUUAAUGCUUUCUUUCAUUUGCGGGAGCAAAGACUAACACCUGAUUCUUAUACUCUUUGCUCUUUGAUUACAACCGUUUGCCUCUCUAAGCAAUUCGUUGAACUACCUUUGCUCAUAACUGGCUUCAAGAUCCAACCUGAUUUAGUUGCUUGUAACUCUUUCCUUAGCUAUUUCUGUAAAGCUGGUUAUCCUGCUGGUGCCAUUGAAUUUUACAAUGACAUGAUAGAUAGAGGUUUUGUAGCAGAUAAGUAUACUUUUGCCGGAUUAUUGACUGGAUUAUGCAGGUCAGGUAGGAUAGGCGAGGCAGUCAAGGUGUACCAUGGACUUGUUAGAAGUCACGUUGGGCUUGAUUCUCACAUAAUUACUGUGAUAAUAAAUGGGCUGAUAAAAUCUGGUAAGUUUCACAAAGCUAUUAGUUUAAUCAGGGAAGCUGCUUCAUGGAAGUCCCAACUAGAUGAUGUUUCUUACACUAUUGCGAUUAGUGGACUUCUUAUUGGUGGUGAAGUUAGAGAAGCUUAUGCUUUGUUCCGCCAAAUGAAGGAGGUUGGUCUAGCCCCAAGUAAACAGACCUAUAAUCUGAUUCUCUCGGAUUUCUGUAAAAGAAGUGAUUUUAGCAUGGUUGAAGAGAUCUUACUUGAAAUGGUUAAUGCUAGCGUUGAAGUUGACCAUUUAAGUCUGAGCUUUAUGAAGAAUCUCCUGUAUAGAUCCCGCCAUUCUGCUUCACUCUUUACUCUAUUGACUGAUGUUUCAACUUCUGGAAUCCUUCCAAGGGAAGCAUAUGCAGAAUUGAUUGAUGAGAUAGUUCAUCAGGUAAACAUCAGCAAUGUGCACACAGACAGGUCUACUAGCGUUGAUUUUGGCUCAUCCAGCUCAGAUGAAAUCCUGGAGGUGGCUGUUUCAGUUGGUUGAGAUGAUUUGACUUGACAGCUUAUUCUGUCUAUGGCAAAGUUCUGUAGUUGAGUUCAAUCAAGAAUCUGACCUUACGCUCGCUCGGAAACCGUAAGAUGAUCAUAUGAUCUUAAGAGUGAAUUGAUUCCCUAAAGGAGGAGGUAUUGAACCAUGGAAGAGUGCCUGAAGGAUAAUACAGCAAAAGGAAUUCAUGAGAUGUGAUUGGUUAGCGAAAAGCUGAGUGAUACUAUAAUCCUUUGCUUGUGUUAUUUGCGAAAUGGUGUUGAAAAAGAUCUUGUGAACCCUGGGGCUCGGCAGACUGUUCUUGUUGCUCCAACAAGUGGAGGAUAUGAGCCAAGAUGGAGGUGGAACAUACCAAGUUGCCUUUCUAGUUGGAGCCUGAAGUAGAUCUCUCCAUCGGAAAACCUUUGACGGACUUGAGGAAUAUAGAAAAUUAUGGUUAUUUUAUAGCAAAUUCUAAAUGUUUUAGCCACCGCUAUAGUUAGACUAAUGGGAUUUUUCCAUAACUUAGCUGUUACAUGCAAAAAGUAAGAUAAAUAUCUACUAUGUACUGCAGUGUUGGAAUCUUCUUUAUCUAAGGGAUAUUAUUCAGCUUGACAAAUAAAAAGAAACUUACUGGUGCGUGUCUCGAAGUGGUCUUGGCUUAUGUAAUGUCAGCGUGAACUGGUCAUGCCUUGUGGGUCGACAAGAUUCCGUCAUUCAAGUCCAUUUAAAACGUGCUUAAUCAUUACUAUUUCUAUUUAUUCAGCAUUUGGCUGAUGGACUGUGUAUCAUGCUCUUUAACUUUGCAGCAAUACACUGGAAGAUGAUGUCGUUACGCUCCCCCAUGAAAGCUGGUAUGUGAAGGUAGUAGCUUAUCCAAUCUGUAAGUGUACCAGAUACAAAACACAUGGUGUCCUGUCAGGGCAAUCUUCCUAGUAUAAUCCCCAUGUGAUUAAUCAUAUCAUCAGUCACAUAUUUGGCAAGUGCUUGGAAUACAAUACAGGAGGUUUCCAACUAUGAUGCAUGCUUAUUUCUUGGUCCUCUCAUACUAUAAGAAGCAUUUCGUCGGAGUAGGAAAGAAAAACUAAUACAGUUAAAGCUAGAAGAUGCGAAAAGAAUACUUUUCUGGUAUGACGAUUGGGUGGGGAAGGAAUACUCCUCCACGAGACAGGUUCCCGAUCUCUUCAGUUUUGCAGAAAACAGCAGGGUAACAGUCAAAGUAGAAGCAAUCAAGGCUGGUUAGUAAAAUUUAGAAGAAAUUGUAGUGAUUGAGAAGUGGAAAAUAUGGCUCAAACUUCUUCAAGACACAUAUUCAGCCUAACAAAGUUGAUUCUCAUAGGGAUAUUGUGUAUCCUAUCAGAUUUUAUUUUUACAGAAAACUGUAUUUUCUAAUAGGACCAGAUAAAACUUUAUGCCUCAAUGUUCUUUUUCUUUUAGUAUAUCCAAGAGAUUGGGACACAUAUAUCUUACAUUUUAUUGAGAGAUCAAUAUUAUUAGUUGUACAGAAAUCAAGUUCAAAUAGUUGCACAUUUUCUUGCU